AAGUCAAAUUACUUGCUAGUUAUUACUACUUCUAGUUAAUUUUUGUAAAUACAUGGUAAAAUUGUGUUGAUGUUAUCUUUAACUUGAUUUUAAAAUUAGAAAUUCGUGCGUGUUGUUAGUUUCUUGCUUUUAUUUUCUCAUUGCAUUAUUAAAGCGUUCUAAACUAGUUUUCGAAAUGGUAACUUCCUAUUAUAUUAUGAAUCUUAGUAAAACACAUAAAAACCUAGACUUGUCUGGACACAUAGUGCUUAAUAAUAAAAGUGCAUCUAAUAUUAAACACUCUUCCUGCAGAGUGUGCCUUGACGAAGGUUGUGUUUCUCUUUUAGAUAUAAAUUAUAAUACUUUAGACACCCUGCAACAACUUUGCAAAAUUCAAAUCAACAAAAACGAUGAUUUACCUAAAAAAUUAUGUAAUAUUUGUUACAAAUUCUUAAAAAAUACUAUGUUAUUUAUAAAUAAAGCAAAAGAAACUGAAGAACUUCUUAAAAAAUGCCUUCAUAAAAAGACUAAAAGUGAAGAAGGAAUACAUAACAACAAUAGUGAUUUAUCUGAACCUGAAGACUAUAGCUUAUUAAAUAAAAAUACUGAAUCUACUGCAAAAAUGAAGUUAGAAUUUGGGAAAGAUAGUCAUAUUAAAGAGGAAAAGGUUUCUUCAAUGUGUGAUAAAAAAUUAAAUACAAAACCAACUGUAGCUAAACGAGUUCAAUGUAAAAUAUGUAAGUCAGUAGUCAUGAGGUCAUACUUUAAACAGCACAUGACCAUGCAUGAUCCAAAUCAUUCAAAAUAUGUAUGUGAAAUUUGUGGAAAGUCCUACAGGUUGAUUUGUGCUUUUUAUAAUCAUCGUUUUCAACAUAGCACUGAUUUCAUACACAAGUGUCAAUUGUGCCCCUAUAAAGCACGAGACAAAGCACUACUAAGAAACCAUAUGAAAGUUCACAUUGCUGACUAUAAAUAUAUGUGUACUGAAUGCCCAUCAAGAUUUCUCUUUAGAAGUAAUCUUAACCGACACAUGUGGAAACAUAAACAGAAACAGUUUAGCUGUGACACAUGCAAAAGAAUGUUUCAUACUAAAUUAGCUGUUCAGCAACAUUAUGAAGUUGAUCAUUUGGGUAUGAAGAAUCAUGUGUGUAAUUUAUGUGGUAAAGCAUUUGGAUAUAGGAAAGCAAUGAUGAAACAUCAAAGAACAGUGCAUAAAAGAGAGAAAAGAGAAUAUUCAAGAAUGCCUACAUAUUUACAAUUUGAAAAUAAAAAUUAACAUUUUACAUCUAACUACUUAAUGUUGUUAUUAGUGGAGAUAUGUAACUUCACAAAGGCAAUACUGUAACUGAAAAGGUUUAUCUGAGGCAGAAUUAGGGCUGGUUAUAAAUUGGUUCAUACCUUUGUUAAAUCUUCAACUGUAAACUGGCUGACUAUAUUAUUUAUAUCUAAUACAGUUUAUAAAUUAAUACAUAUUACAAAUGCAUGUAAGUAAUAAUAAAACAGUAUUUUUAAGUAUUAAUUUAUUUAAAACAGGUGACUAGACAGUAAGCUAUAUAAAUAGAACACCCCAUAACAACAUACAAAAAAACAAUAUAAUAAUAAUAUUUUAUUGCAACCCAUUUAAGUAAAAUGUUAAAAUAUCUUAUACUUAUUUUAUCUAUAACAUAUAGUUAAUAUAUUCUAAACAAU